AUGAACCCGCGCUCAUGUCCUCAGUGCGCGAAACUCGGUCAACACUUCACUCGAAAGGAUACGAAGCACAUUGAAGAGCUAGCUGCUUUGCGCGACAAAGUGCGGGAGCUGGAAGAGGAGACACCGGAGCAGAGGUUCAACAGGCUGAGCGUUGAGAAGAACACGAAAAUUGAUGGACUGAAAGCCGAGGUCGAGAAGGUCAACAAGGAAGACGAGUCACUGAAGGCGAAGAACGAUGAGUUGGAGAAGAAGCUGAAGGUACUCGAGGCAGAUAUAAAGAAGUCACAGCCAGCGGCGGAGUUCACGAUCAAGGAGAAGAAGAAGAAAGGGAAGAAGAAGUAA